GUUCUACUUUUCAAACAAAAACCCACUAUCUAGCACCCUCAUCAUGGCUGUCCCCGAAGACCAAGCCAGAGCAGUCCCUAAAUGGAUCAACCUUUUCGGCAAGAAUGUACAAGUCAAACACAAACCCUUCCGAGCCCGCAUAGAGCAGUGCACACAAUGCUGGGACUACCACAACCCACAGGCCUGCACUCAAACACCCAGGUGUCGAAUCUGCAGCAAGAGGGACCACAUGGAAGAGUCCCACCCCUCC